GAACCGGCAGCCUAUAACCUCCCUGGGUUUCCGCCCAUUCCUCCACAGUUGAUUCUUUGGGAUGGUAUUGUCAUGCAAAUACAGGACGCGUAAAAUAUUCCCCCAGAGCUCAGCGCAGGGCAGAGACUCGCACGGACCGCGCAGAGGACACAGACCGGCCCACACGGUGGAUUUGUAUCGUUUUCGUCGCUACGGACCCGUCCAUCUGUCACAGACACCCUGGCCACAUGAGCGGCGACACAUAGCCAGGACGUGAAAGCCAGGAAAACAGGUCGGGCCGUUCAAGAAAAAGCUGCGGAGGCUGGCCUGUGGAGAUAGUGUCAUACUUCCAAUUUCCCCAAGUGAAGUCGGAGGUGUUUCUCGUCUCCAUCCCCUGCUAUAGGCUACCUGCUGCUGCUACUACAGAGGGGGAGCUACACGUAGAGACGCCUGGAUCGCUUGAGAGCACCCUUUUAUGUUUUUUAUUUUAGGAUCUCUCAAAUAUUAACAUUUUUGCACACCAAGUGUGUUAUUUCCUCUCCUGUCCUUUUUGGGAUAUAUACAGAGCUCUUUUUUCUGUUUUAAUACUUUAAAGUGCCUUAAUAACUGGUUAUAAUCCAGUGUAACUGUGGCAUUGUCACAAGACCAGAGAAGAUCAACAGGGAGAAGACGAUUAUUAUCAGCUUUAGAGCCCAGGCAGGAUUACUGGUUCCCCACCCUCCAGCGCGCUGCAACCAUGAGCCAGGCGGAUGUGUCGACUUGCUCCGCGCCGCAGAGGGUUUUCCAGGAGGCGGUGAAGAAGGGCAACACCAAGGAGCUGCACUCGUUGCUGCAGAACAUGACAAACUGUGAGUUCAACGUCAACUCCUUCGGGCCAGAAGGACAGACGGCCCUCCACCAGUCCGUCAUUGACGGCAACCUGGAGCUGGUAAAACUGCUGGUGAAGUUUGGAGCAGAUAUACGGCUUGCCAACAGGGAGGGGUGGAGCGCUUUACACAUCGCCGCCUUCGGGGGCCACCAAGACAUUGUGCUAUACCUCAUCACCAAGGCCAAGUACUCCUCUGGCGCCCGGUGAUCUGUCUCUGCUGUCAGGUAAAAUAAGAAAACAAACAAAAAAAAUUCAACAAGUGGAAAAUAAAAUUGCAACACACGGGAAAGUCAGGCUCUUUUAAAAGCAAAAAAACUGCCAUUAUCUACAUAGUUGUGCCAAAUUCUAUUGAAAAAGGAAAUAAAAAUAGGCCUGCACAAUAAUCUUCCCUCAUUGUAAACCAAACGGGGCUCUCUGUGCACUCCUGAGUGAAGCACCGCAUGGUUCAUACACAGCGCUUCAACACGAAUCUUUUAACAAAAGAAACGCCUUUUCGGUGAGUUUGUUGGUACUAAAGCUUUCCUCUUGAAUGUGUAUAGCCUACUAGAUCUUGUCGUUCACUAUAAAAGAAGCCAGUGCCUGUGUAUCACAUGUGUGUGUUUGGACUCCGGAGUGCAGAUGGCCCAGUUUCUUUUCCCUCUCCAUGACCUCCCAUCCCCAGUACAGUUCCUACAAUAGUUUCUUUGUAGGGGGCGCAGAUUUGACCUGUCGCUCCUCAUUGUUCACUUGUUAAAACCCUUUUUAAGUUAUUUUAUAUGAAACACGGCACUUGAUGCUGCAUAUGGCUGCAUGCUGGAAUAUCUGAAAGGGAAGACACACGAACAAGAGAAGAAGGGUUGCCCUCUGUUGGCUACCAGAGGUCUGUUUUCUUUAAUAGAUUAUUUUUUCUUUCUUUUUUUUACUCAAAAGAGCGGCAUUAUGGCUAUCCAGCACGCUUUCCGAUGUGUAAUCAUUAUGUAACAACAACUGAUCCAUCAUUGUUGUGAAGUACUGUACACAAUAGCUUUACUUUGUUUCUGUUUUUUUUGUUUGUUUGUUUUUUUAAGAAAAGAAGAGACAGUAGCUGAGUGCGCUCUGCCUACCUGCCUACAGAUCUUGCCAUGCUGGCGUCCAACUGUUCAGGCCAGUGUGACCACUUUUGCCAGUGGUCAUUGUGUUAAACAAAAAAAAACGCUGCUUUCGCUUUGUAUCAAAAAAGUCACAUUUGGAAUUCACUUUAUAAUCUCCUUUCAGUAUUUUAUUAACAUCCUAGUCAUCACUGUGAAAGCAGGCUGGGUUUUUUUUUUAUUUAUGAAGGUACAUUGAGAAGAUGCAUUUUUGAAUAUGUUGUGGUUCUUCUUUUAAAAAAGUGUAAGAAUAUCUAGGGUGACUCAAGCUGCUUCAGACUCGUAGUAUAAACUGUCCCGUGUGGAGGUAGACCUGCUCCC